AUGGAUGCUGCAACUCCAUUGUCGUGUGCGGGAAUCACUGUAUUCACGCCUUUAAGGGACCAUGACUUGAUUGGAUCUCCAAGAAAAAAGGUAGGUGUUGUUGGACUCGGCGGCCUAGGGCACGCGACUAUAAAAUUUGGGAAGGUAUUCGGCCAUCAUGUUACUGUCAUUAGUACCUCUCCUUCCAAAGAGAAAGAAGCUAGAGACCGAUUAUGUGCUGACGACUUCAUCGUGAGAUCCAAUCUCAAACAAAUGGAGGUGAGAAAGCUUAGCCUCGACUUUAUACUGGAUACGGUGUCGGACGAUCACUCUCUCGGCCCAAUCUUGGAGUUACUGAAAGUCAACGGGACGAUGGUCAUCGUUAGGGCUUCAAGCAAAAGCAAGUCCCUUGCAGUCCGGGAUUUUCCUGGGAGAACCGGUAAGAGAUUGAGAUUACCCAGCCCACAAACUCAAUUAUCCUAG